ACUUCAGAAGCUACAGCUGCAGCACACAGCAGAUACUCCUAGCUACUUCCAGUUCCAGCUCGGUCUUGGCCUCUUGGAAGAGAGCAGCUAGUUACUCUUACUUGCGACGAUAGUGUCUGUGAAUUGCGAGAAACGAGUGAGCAAUCAUAUAUAUGGCGGCGUCUCUGCUCGGACUGUACAGCGGCGGGAGGGGCCACGCCAGGAGCGGCGGCCGCCGGUCGGCUGCGGCGGUGAAGCGGCUGCUGUCGAGCUUGAGGCGCUCUUGGAGGAGACGUGCGGCGCGGCCGAGGCGAAGCGCGGUGAGGUUCGGGUAUGACCUGCAUAGCUACUACCAGAACUUCGACGACGGCAUUGCCUCCUACUCAGGCCACCACCGCUUGUAGCUGUACUGUACCUAGCUAGUGUACAGUAAUUCCCUCUUGCCACUUCUGUACUUAAUUAGCUCGUGCAGUCAUUGACUCAUUAUUUUUUAUGGAAGUCAUUGACUCAUUAUAUGUAAGAGUAACACUAAAUCUGCGAUCGAUUAGCAGAAUAAUAAUGAUGCUUUGUUGUAGAGCUAUUUGAAGCUUAAUUGGAAUAGAAAUGGUUUCUGUAUAAUUAAACCGUUA